AUGGGCACGGCGGGCCCCAAUGGUGGUGGUGUCCUGCGGUUGUCCGGGCUGCACGGCUACGCGGUGGAGUUCUCGCCCUACUGGCCGGGGCGCGUGGCCUGCGCCGCCUCACAGUACUACGGCAUCGCAGGUUGUGGAACUCUGGCAGUGCUGGAACAAAAUGAAGCUGGGAUUGUUCUGCUUAGGAGUUUUGACUGGAACGAUGGCCUGUUUGAUGUGACCUGGAGUGAGAACAAUGAACAUGUGUUGAUCACUUCUAGUGGAGAUGGAUCUCUGCAAAUCUGGGAUGCAAGUAAAACCAAAGGUCCACUGCAAGUCUAUAAAGAGCACACCCAGGAGGCAUAUAGUGUUGACUGGAGCCAAACCAGAGGAGAGCAGCUAGUGGUGUCUGGUUCAUGGGAUCAAACAGCCAAGCUGUGGGAUCCAGCAGUGGGGAAGUCAUUACGCACUUUUAAAGGCCACGAAGGGGUCGUUUACAGCACUAUAUGGUCUCCACACAUCCCAGGCUGUUUUGCAUCUGCCUCAGGUGACCAGACUUUACGAGUUUGGGAUAUAAAAGCCCCAGGAGUCAGACUUGUGAUACCAGCACACCAGGCUGAGAUCUUGAGCUGUGACUGGUGCAAAUAUGAUGAGAACUUGCUGGUGACUGGGGCAGUUGACUGUAGCUUGAAAGGCUGGGAUUUGCGGAACAUCCGGCAACCAGUGUUCAUCUUGCUUGGUCAUUCCUAUGCUAUCAGAAGAGUAAAAUUUUCACCAUUCCAUGCAACCUUAUUGGCCUCUUGCUCCUAUGAUUUUACUGUGAGAUUCUGGGACUUUUCCAAACCUAAUCCACUGCUGGAAACAGUUGAGCAUCAUACUGAAUUCACAUGUGGACUGGAUUUAAGUCUUCACAACCGUGGUCAGGUGGUGGACUGCGCUUGGGAUGAACUAGUCAAGAUCUAUACUCCAUCAUGUUUGGCAGUUCCUGUCUAGAGAAAAAGCGAAGAUGAUGUGACACACCAGGAACCUUCCUCCCUUUCCCCACAACCAGAGUCAACUGUGUCACUGAUCUUAGUAUCUCUUUCGAAGUGAAACUCAACUUGAGCAGAGUGUUGUACACUUGAGCACGUGGAGGUAAUUAGGGCUCAAUUUACUGUACAGGUAGUAAUUGAGACAGCAAAAUGUUCAACAGCUACUGAAUGGCUGAAGUGUGGCAGUAGCAGGUGUGAGCUGUUGUCUUUAGAACCGAAUUACCAACAGAACUUUCAUCUGUGUAGCUAAUGAUGAGAGCAGAGGCCUGAAUCGUCUGGAUCUUUAUAAAGAAGAAAAGUAACUGGCAGUGUAUUUUGAAAUAAUUAUGCUGUAAAAAGAGGAAAGAAAAGAAUGACUUUUCACUGUAAAGUGCUGUAGUGUCAGCUGAUGUUUGUUAUCACUUAGAUGCAGUUAUAUUUGUUUUACUCUAACUCACAUUUCAUUUUCUCAUGCAAUAUAAUGAAUACUCUUGAUAGUAAAUGCAGUUUAUAGCCAGCUGAUUCAUUUGACCUUUUGAUUGGCACUUGACAAAGGUGGUAAAGAUUAUUUUCAUACAUUUUUUCUGUUAGAUCUUGAGUAAAACAGUUAAUGGAGUCAUGUGGAAAGAUAUUCCAAUGAUAGAGGAAAGGCUUAGGAAAAAAAAAGAAAUAGAUACAACAGUAAUUGGGUCACAAUCCUCAAGAUUAGAGACAGGACAACCAUCUCUUCUAUUAGACUUGUCUUCCAUUUUCACUUAGAGUUUUUCCAAGGGAGAGAAGAUAAAUGCAGCCACAUUCAGUGUUUCUAGACCUGUGAGAGCAUGGCCAAAGUGAGAGCUAUGUCCAGACUAGUUAAACCUACACAGAUGCAGAUUGACAACAUGAUGUAAGCAUAGCAGAUCCAGUGUGGCUCAACACAUCUUAAUUAUGUUGAGCACUUUGCAUGCCCACUUUGACUCCUCAGCCCACAUGCUGGUAUUUUCGUCUUCAUUUUUCAGGGGUGGGUAGAGAAGUUUGAGUUUUGUACUUCUCCAGUUUUUUCUGCAUAUGCUUCCAGGGUCCAACUGUGAUACUUCUGCAGUUCUCAUUGGCAUGUUAGGCUUCUCUCCUGGUUUCCUGCUGGCCUGUGUUUUUACCUUCUUAAAGCUGUUUCCCUUCUACUGUUACCCCAUAUCAACAAUCUUUACCAUCAAAAGACUCUUUCCAGUUUGGGUCUUUACAGACCUUUAUUUGGGCUUUCAUAGCCUCCUGUUAAUGAAUGCCAUACACUUCUGUAUUGCACUAGUUAUGUAUCAAGCAAUAGCAGACACUGCCAGAUCUCCUGGAUGUUUUGAAGAAAUGGAAGAGAGAUUUCAGCAAAGGUAAGACCUGCAAGUUGCAUUAAAAGAAAUAUUGUGCUGUCUUGGGAGAGAGAGCUAGGAAACUAUCAGAUAACCACGGGGACAUACACAUACAUCGAUUUGGUGUUAGGGAAGGAAAGAAACCCUCUUCUAUAACAUGAGAAUUUGGAUCCUGAUAGAAUCAUAUUUUUUCCUGGGUCAGUGCAAACUGACCCUAGAAUGCCAUCUUCUCAAGAUGAAUUAAUAACAAACAGUAGAUUUUCUUUUUUGUUGUGACAAUGUGUCACACCAAAUUCCAAAUGUUUACUGCACUUUAAUUCUGUAUGCUGAGGAAGGACGCAGUGACAAAGCUGUGCUGCAUGCAGCUUUCAGCAGUACCAUGGGCCAUAAAAUCUAAUUUUAGGCAUUGAUUAUUUCAACCUUAUAGAUGAAACUUCCUCCACUUUAUACCCCUUUUCUGCUUAUACUACAAGUUACUUGUCUGAGUUAGUGGAAGGUUUUGGUGAUGGGCAUGUAUUUUAUGUGUGCUUCUUGGGAGAGGGAGGGUGGUGUUCCAAAAUGCUGCCAUAGCCAGUCAGUUGGAAGGGCAAAUUUAGACAACCUAGCACAGGGAGCUGAGGGGGAAUGAAUCUUGAAAACACAAACGCACACAAAUGUGGAUUAAAACCUUUCUUAGCUUCUUUCCCCUCAUGUCCUGGUUAGUUUCAGUGCUGAGGGCUUGCUGUGUCCAGAUUUAAUUCUCUUGAAAAAGGAGCACAUCCAGAAGAUGCACACACUAAACAGAAAGCUGUGGCCUUUCAUCUUCUGGUGUGAUGUUUGAAUGGGGAGAAUAUGCUGUAAAAUUUCUGCACUGUAACAGGAAAACCAAUCUGGCAAUAGUUGUUGCUGAUUCUUAAUUCUCAGGGAAUGUUUGCUGUAAUUGCUUUAGAGAAAUACUGUUUAUUACCAUAAUACUAGCUGCUUAUCUUUUUUGUUUGUUUUACUGAAACAGACCUUUAAUGACAUCAAUCGUAAAGAUGUAACAUGUUCUACUUUUAAAAUUAAGCCUGUGGAAGACGUUUUGUGGGAGCCCAUAGGUUUCUCCUUGGUUCAAGAAAUAUACUGAGCAUGUUCUAAAGGAGUGGAUUUGUUGUUCUACAAUGCUAUUAAAUUAA